AAUAACUCGGUGAUCUUUAUCAGAAAGACGAGGCCGUCGUAUCUCCGGUUCUGGAAAACAAUGGCAUUCGAUAUACCGUACGAUCAAAUAAGGGAACUCCAGAUCUCACUUCGCAAGGAGGCUGGUCUCGCCUCCUACAUCCCGGAAGACCCUCAACUUCCCGAUUUACCCUCACUCCAAGACGCAAUUUCCGAGCUUGACCCUUCUCCUCCAUACCUCAGAUGCAAGCUAUGCAAAGGCAGGCUUGUCAGAGUUAAUUCCGUUAUUUGCGUCUUCUGUGGUAGACAGCAGAGCAAAGAUCCCCCUCCUGAGCCUAUCAAGUUUAGUUCUACUUUUGCUUACCGUUGGUUUCUUCAGUCUCUCGACUUAGAUGGAUCCGAGCUUGUGGCACCAUCAGUCGAAACAAAUGAAUCUAACAGAGGACAAAGGACACCAAAAAUUGAGGUUCCCUUAUCUGAUUUUUUAGAUUUAGAAAUAAGAUGGCCUUCUGAACCUGAGAAAUUUGCGAGCAGUGUUUCUGAAAAGACACCAGCUCAGUGGUUGAGUACUCAGAGUUUGGCAGGAGUCGAUCUGGACAACUUUUUUUCUGAAGCUAAGGUAGACCCUGUUUCUGCAUCUACUGAGGAACAGUUUGAACUGAAAAAACAUGAGGAUGCUACUGGAAGUGAUGCCUUUGGAAGUCAGGGAAAUCUUAGCUUGUUUGAGAAUGUCAAGCCUUCUGAGGAAGUUCCUAUAUGGUCUAAGAAAGAUGAAGGUGGUGACUCCUUUUCUGGUUGGGAGGCUGAUUUUCAAUCAGCUGGUUCUGGAACUCAACAACAGGAAUUGAAAUCAUCUGAUCCCUUUAUGGGAUAUUCUGGUACCGGAGCUCAACAACAGGAAUUCCAAUUAUUUGAUCCUUUUGCAGGAUCCUAUUCAGUUGAUCUUUCUUCCCAGAUGGAUUUUGUUUUUGGAUCUGGAAAAGAUUUAGUUGCUGAUAAAACAAAAGAAACUAUAAUUUCUGCAUCCGAUGACUGGUUUGAAGGUGAUCUAUGGAGGAAGUCUGAUACUGGGGUAGCUGUCCAGGAAGAUCUGUCUGAAGUUCCUGUAAAUGCAAAAGAUCACAGAACAGAUGGGAGCCGAGAUAAUUCUUCUUCCAUGAAUAUUGAUUGGAUUCAAGCUGAUCAGUGGCAAACCACCACCAGCAGUAACAUUGCAGCUGAUAAUAAAACCGUCAAUGAAGAUGAUGAUUCAUUUGAUGCUUGGAAUGAUUUUACAAGCUCCACUACUGCAGAAGUUCCUUCUAUUAACUCUUUGAAACAAGAUGUUAGUGGCACUGUGCUUUCAGCUGAGCAGGAACCAGAAGACUUGUUCAGUGGAACUAUCAAAUCAAAAGAUGUUGAUUUCGGUGGCUUUUCACAGCAGGAUUAUUUUUCAGGAACUUUUCACAAUCACAAUGGCUCUGCAGAAGCGAAUAUUAUGGGGUCAGGAAGUUCUGUUUCAGCUAGUAUGACUGGCUUAAAUGGGAGAGACGGAGAAAGUAGAGAAGAAGUUGAAAGAAUGGAAAAAUUGUCGAAAGAAAAUUCGAAGUUAAAAGGUGAUGCUGCAGAGAUGUUGAUGUCACAGAUGCAUGAUCUCUCCUUUAUGCUCGCAACUGAUCUUUCAUUACCUCAUAAGAAAGAUCCGCAAAAGAUAGAUCCAUUUAGUGUUCUUUCUGAUAAAGACUAACCCCUUUCUUUUUUUUUUUUUUUUUUUUUUGUGAAUUUGUUGUUCUAUCUGAAUUAGAUUUUCAGUGUUACAUCGUCUGUAUUCUUUAUUUUUACUGUUGUUGAUAUUGUUAUUUCUCUUUCAAAGGAGCCAUAUGAUGCUUUCUUGCCA